AUGCGUCGCCUUUAUGCAUUGUCUAAUCGAAAUCCUCCUUUACCAAUUCAAACUUAUGAUGAUGAUAUAGAUGAUGUGCGCAUCAUUCAAAGUCGUAAUAAUAAUGUAAUUCGUAAUGAAAAUAAAACAAUCGUCCGAAAAACAACUAAUAAUGUUAUUGACAAUCGAAGUACAGAUAUAAAUUAUGUUGAAACCGAUAAUGUUUAUUUAAAUGAAGCAGGUCGAUGUCCUUAUUUUCGUUUUCCUUGGUGGGUUUGGCUUUUAUUAGCUUUAGGUUUACUUAGUUUAUUAGGUUUAGCAUUGGGAUUGGGUCUUGGAUUAGGACUUCGAACACCAUCAAUAAAUUCUCGUUGUACAAGUAAUAAUUGUCCAGCAAAUUCUCAAUGUAUUAAUAAUCGUUGUGAAUGUGAUUCCGGUUAUUAUUAUGAUUAUUCAAUAUCAGCUUGCAGUGCUUAUCUUCAUGUUGGUAUGACUUGUUCAACAAGUAAUACAAAUCAACAAUGUAUUACAAAUGCUUAUUGUGCAUCAAAUGGUUAUUGUAUUUGUGAUACGAAUUAUUUUCUUGAUCAAAAUACUGGCGUAUGUACAGCACUUUUAGCUCGUUAUGUUCCAUGUGCUAAUGAUGAUCAAUGCCAAGCACCGUUUGUAUGUAAAGUUAGUUUAUGUGAUUGUAAUCAAACAUCAUAUUAUGAUUCUGGUUCCAACACAUGUAAACGUCUAGGAUAUGCUAAUGAACCAUGUUCAACAAAUUCACAAUGUGUACGAACAGCUAAUUGUUCAACAACAACCUGUCAAUGUGCAACAGAUCAUUAUUUUGAUACAACAGAAUAUCAAUGUGUUCGUGACCAAUUUAUAGGACAAACAUGUACACUAGGUUAUGAAUGUAUUAGUAAUGCUAAUUGUACAUCGGUAUCACCAUUUUCAAAUCAAUGUGAAUGUAAUUCUGGUUUAUAUUAUGAUACAACAACAGGAACUUGUGUAACACAAUUAACAUACAGUACAACAUGUACAUCAACUUCUCAAUGUAUUAAUAAUCUUCUUUGUCUUGAUGAUCCAACAGUGGCUGGUGUUAGUUUUCAAUGUUUAUGUUUAACUACACAAUAUUAUUUAUCAUCAAAUCAAACUUGUAUUUCAUUAGGAACUUAUGGUGAUGCAUGUAAUACGGGAGGAAGACCAUGUGAAACACGUUAUGGUCUCAGUUGUUCGGCAUCUACAUCAACCUGUCAAUGUAGUUCAAUAAAUUAUUGGAAUGGUUCAUAUUGUAUUGCUCUACUUUAUCCAGGUCAAACAUGUACAUCAUCAUCUCAAUGUAUUAAUUCUUCUUCAUGUACAUCCUCCAUAUGUCAAUGUAAUACAAAUUAUUAUUAUUCAAGUUUAACAGGACAAUGUCAACCUCAAUUAGCUUAUUCAUCAACAUGUACUUUAGGAAAUUAUCAAUGUCUUAAUAAUACAUCAUGUUAUGAUUUAACAACAUCAGCAACAGGUACAUGUUCAUGUGAUUCAACAUAUUAUUAUUAUGAUGGUACAAGUUGUACUCUUUAUGCAACAUAUGGUCAAACGUGUGCUGCUGCAACAUAUGGGCCAUUUUGUAAUUCAAUAACACGUUCACUUGUUUGUAUAGGUACACAAUGUACUUGUUUAUCAACAGCUUACUAUAAUGGUUCAAGUUGUGUUACAUAUACAUCUAUUGGUUUUUCAUGUACAACAUCAUCUCAAUGCGUAACAAAUGCUUAUUGUUCAUCAGGAAUAUGUACUUGUUUAAGUUCAUAUUAUUUUGAUACAACGACAGGUAAUUGCGUUGCUCUAUUAACAUUUGGACAAGCAUGUAUAUCAUCAAUUCAAUGUCCAACAAAUAUGAUAUGUACUACAUCUCUAUGCUUAUGUACAUCUACGACUUAUUAUGUGGCUCCUAAUUGUGUAUCUCGUAUAUCAUAUGGUGGUACAUGUAGUGCAACAGUUCUUUGUGAUACAACUCUUGGUCUUGUAUGUACUUCAUCCGUAUGUACAUGUAAUAGUACACAAUAUUGGUCAACAUUAUCCAAUGGUACGCAAAUAUGUGCUAAUUUACGUACACUUGGACAAUCAUGUACAACUUCAACAGACUGUAUAAAUUCAGCAACAUCAGUUAAAUGUGUAUCAAAUAUAUGUGAAUGUGAUUCAAGUGGAUAUUAUCUUGAUCAAUCAACAGUGACAUGCCAACCACUCAAAGCUCUUGGUGUAGCAUGUACGGCGACGUAUAAUUUUGAAUGUGCUAGUUUUAAUUGUAAUGCGUCAAAUGUAUGUGGUAAUACAAUAUCAUCAACUAUAACAAUGGGAGCUGUUAUUAUUUUUAUUACUGGUGUUCUUAUUGGUUCAACUUUGUUCGGAACAAAAAAAGAAACAUAUGUUAUAUACGGUUCGCUAUCAACAACUAGAAAAUUAAACCAAAAUUUACAAACGAUCGACAAAGAAGAUUUUAAAUCGUUUUCUUUUGCAUAUAAUAAAACUCAUCUUUGGUCCAUGCGCCUUGCUGAUGACAAACAUUAUCGUAUAGCUCGUCUUUUGCCAUGCCGCACUGUUGAAUAUACCAACGGCCCGAACCGUGAAAAAAUGAAUUCUUGUGAUCAAUCAAUUAUAAAUGAAUUCUCAGUAGAAGCAACACUACAUGCACAACAAUGGCUUUAUGAAUAUCAGCAUCCAGUCGAUUGUACCAAUAAAAAAUUUGCUAGAAUACAUUCGUUUGCCGGGUCUGGUUUUGGUUCAACUAUACACCAAAUUGUAUGGGCAUUCGGUAGAGCAUUAGCUGAAGAUAGAAUUGCCAUUUAUGAAACACCAGGAAAUUGGUUACAUGGUAAUUGUAAUUUGGGCACACCUGAUUGUGUCUUUCGUCCAAUUAGUAACUGUUCUAUUCCUUCUACAGUUGAUAAUAACCGAACAAUUCGUAUUCAAGCUAAUAAUGAUCAUUGGUUCGAACCUAUACAUCCACCUGUUUUUCAAAAUCGAUCUUUCAAUUGGUAUCGUUCACAAUUGUUAUUCUAUUUAAUGCGAUAUAAUCCUGAAACAUUAACUCAUGUACAACGCACAUUAGCUAAAUAUUUUAAUCCACCUUCAGUUGAUCUGCAUCGUCCAUAUAUUGCUGUUUAUGUACGUCGAUCGGAUAAAGUAAGUGGUCGAGAAAUGUCACAAUCUUAUCCUCUUCAACAAUAUUUUGAUUUAUUCGAUGCUGAUGCUCGUCAAGCUAAAAUAAAAAAUGUUUAUAUUAAUUCAGAAGAUCGAAACAUAUUUACUGAAUUUGAUGAAAUAAACAAAAAUAAAAAAGGAUAUUACAAAUUAUUAAGUAUUAAUGUUACAAGAGAUGUUACUUAUCCGACAUUAAUCAGUAUGCCAGUGGAACAGCGCACUAAAAUUAUAUUAGAAUUUCUGACUGAUCUUUAUAUUGAAGCUAAUGCCGAUCUACAUGUUGGAACACUUACAUCAAAUUGGUGUCGAUUGGUUGAUGAAAUGAGAUUUGUACUAGGUAAAACGAUAACAUACUAUACACCUGAAAAUAGAUAUAUAAUAGAUGUAUAA